AUCGUAAUUUGGACGCGUUUGGCCUAAGCUCACGCGUGCUGCGCUUUUACAGCGUAGUGCGUCGCCUGCGGGUCGCCUCCAUCGCACCGCUGCUGACCACAAUCAGCGAGCGGACCGCUGCAUCGCUGUACACCAAUAGCCAAAACCGCCUAGGUCCGCGCGUGUGAAUCGCUGCGCGGCGCACAAAAAAGGCCAAAGAUGUGGAGCCCCGCCAUCGACCGCCAGGCCAAUCAAGAAGCGGAAGACUUCUUCGGCAGUUUUGGAGAGGCGCCGCCGCCGCCCAUGCCGCGGUCACCGAACCAAACGCAGCCCCAAUUCGACGACGUCCCGCUGUCCGCGGCCCCCGAGGAGGAGCAUAGACCGUCAGUUGUGUCGGCGGCGGCGCUCGGCGAGGCCUCGCCGGAGGAGACGGCGCAGCAGCACGCUCCGCCCGAGGCGUCCACAACUUUUGGAGACAACCCCGAGGCGACGGCGCCGCGCCACGGCAGUCUGCUGGGAAGAUUGUGGGGCCCGCCCUCGGGGAGCACGGACCCCGAGAUCAACGCGCCGCCGGCGGAGGAGCAGCCCUUCGCCGCGCCCCCGCAAGAAUCAGGCGAGGAUUUAGGCUGGGGCGUCGAGGAUUUAGGCGACGAUGAGGAUGAGGGCGUCUGGAAUGACGAGCCCGACACGCCGUCUCCACACCUAGAGACGCUCACAAACUAUCUCAUGAGGCACAAUCCAGCAAAAGCAGGGAACGCGCCUAGAUUGCUCAAAGAGUAUUCAGGAAGAGAACAGGAGCUCUUCGCGAAUAUAGAAAGGAAGUACGGUGAACCGGUGAUCACGACGCCGCCGUCGAUGCCACCGCGGGUCAUGAGCGCGACGAUGUCGAACAUGGAGAACGCCUCCCAGCAGCCGCGCGUCCCGGAGACGCCGCAACAACCUACAGAGAUGCGGCGCGCGCUGUCCACCAUGGAGAACGCUGGAAUGAGUCCGUCUCAGAGCUGGACGCCGGCGCCCGUGACGAAUGCAGUAGAAGAGGCGGAGUCCGCCGAGAAGCUGUUCGGGGCGCAGCCGGAAGAGAAGGCCGUCGCGGAAAUGUUCGACGCGAUCGUGGAAGAGGAGGCCUUUUCGGGGCAGCCGCCGGGCCGCGUCGCCACCGGUGAGCUAUUUGGAGGUGACGUGGCGCCUCUAGCGGCCGCUGAUGCGUUUACUGCUGCUCGGGACGCGGAAGCGCAUCGGGCGGCGUCGAUGGCCGGGAUUCAGCCGCCUGCUGACGCCGCGGCGGCGUUCGGCGCGCCGCCUACCGACGCCGCUGGGGCGUUCGGAGCGCCACCACCCGAGGCCGCCGCGGCGUUCGCCCCGGCACCUGAGGACCAGCCCGUGGAGCUGCAGACGGAGUUCACCUUCGCGCCGGCGGCGGAGCAGCCCGGGGACACCGCCUUUGGCGCGCCGCCGCCCGACGCGGCCGCCGCGUUUGCGCCGGCGCCGGAGGAACAGUCCGCGGCGGCGGCGUUUGCCGCCCCUCAGGACGCGGCCGCGGCUGCGUUCGGCGCGCCGCCGCCUGACGCCUCCGCGGCGUUUGGCGCGCCACCUCCCGACGCCGCGGCUGCGUUCGGCGCGCCGCCGGAGGCAGCUGGUGCGUUUGACGCGCCUCCGGCCGACGCCGCGUUCCCGCCGGCGCCCGAAGAGCCGGCCGCGGCCGCGUUCGGGCCCCCGCCGACCGACGCCGCGGCCGCCUUCGGCGCCGCCCCGGAGGAGCAGGCGUUCGGCGCACCGCCGACCGACGCCGCGGCCGCGUUCGACGCGCCGCCGACCGCCGCCGCGGAGGCCUUCGGCGCGCCGGAGGAGCUGCCCGCGGAGCUCCAGACGGAAUUCACCUUCGCGCCGGCCGAGGAGCAGCCGGCGGCGGCCGCGUUCGGCGCCCCGCCCGACGCCAGCGUGGCGUUCGGAGGGCCGCCGCCCGACGCCGCCGCGGCGUUCGCGCCGGCGCUGGAGGAGCCGGCGGCGGCGUCCAUGUUCGGCGCGCCGCCGCCGGGCGACGCGACCGCGGCGUUUGGGGCGCCGCCCGAGCAGCAACCCGCGUUCGGCGCCCCGCCGCCCGAUGCGGCCGCGGCUUUCGGCGCGGCGCCCGAAGAGCAACCUGCGGCCGCGGCGUUCGGCGCACCGCCUACCGAUGCCGCUGCGCAAUUCGCCUCCGCCCCCUUCGGAACGGAGACCCAGCCCGGGGCCUUUGGCGCACCACCACCUGACGCAUCCGCGGCGUUCGGCGCGCCGCCGGAGCAACCAUCCGCGGCGGCGGCGUUCGACGCCCCUCAGGACGCGGCGGCCAUGUUCGGCGCGCCACCGGAGCAGCAAGCGUCUAACGACGGGCCGGGCGUCAACGGCCACGUGCCGCCGCCCGAGGACUUCCCGCCGGCGGCCGCGGCCAUGUUCGGUGGCGUGCCGUCGACGUUUUACGAGUCGCCGCCGGCCGCCCCUGUUUUCGGGUCGCCCGCGUCCUUCGGCGCGGAGGCGUCGCCGGCAGCCGCCGAAGCCUUCGAGCCGCCGCCCGCGCCGCCGAUGCCAGCACCACCCUCCCCAUCAACGCCGCCCGCGUCGACGGCGCUGGAAGUCACCGUCGACGGUACUACGGCCACGGCGCGCUGCGGGGCCGUCGCGUGCACGUGCGUCGUCCAAGCGCCGUCAUCAUCAGCGACGGGCCUGCCGCUCUUGGACGCGCUCGUCGCGGUCCUCGCCAACGCCGCCGACGCGACCCUCUCGCUAGAAACGACGAUCGGCGGCCAGCGCCAGCAAUUCAAUGUAGACUAUUCUACGGCAUCGCGGCCGCACGACUCGGCGCUCUUCUCUUGUGCUGGGGCGGCAAUCGGCGCCGCGUGCCGCGCGGCCUUCCGCGAGCUCGGCCAGGCCAAGGUCACGGUCGUGCGGGGCGGCGCCGUCGUGGCGGCAACGCUCGAGGGGGGCGCGGGCGCGGUCGUCUGCGACGCGGCGCCCUACGGGCGCGCGCCCCGCGGCGGGCGGCUGCGGGUCGGCACGUAUCGGACGUGCCUGACGCCCCUCUUCUUCGAGGCCCUGGGCCUCCAUUUAGGGAGGGGCCUGCGCCUCGCGUCGCAGCGCACGGGCGACGCGCGCGACUGCCUCGAGGCCGCCUUCGCGGCGUGCGGGCGCUUAUUGAGGGUUGCGCGGCCGGGCGAGAGUAUCAGUUGCGGCCCGCGCACGGGCGCGGCGGCGGCCUGCACCAUCGACCUCGACCAGGCCGACGAGACAUCCGAGGUGGCGACGGGUGUGGCGGCCGUCGACGCGUUGCUGAAGACGCUCGCCGACGUCGCGGGCUGGCGCCUGCAGGUCCGCGCCGCCGACCGCGACGGCGACGGGCGCGCCCUAUCAACGGACGUCGGGGCCGCCGUCGGCGCGGCCGUGGCGGCCGCCAUGGGGACGGUCGCGGGCGACGGCGCGGGCGCGAGCGGCGCUGUCACGGCCUGCGUCGCCCGGAGUUCCGAGGGCUCGUUAACGUGGGACGUGCGCGUGGCUGACGAGUACGUCGACGAGUCCUUCGCGGCGGAGCACGUCGAGCGCCUCUUCGGCAGCUUCGCGCGGGCCGCGGGCCUGCGCCUGCACGUCGCGGCGCCGGGAGUCCUCCCGGCCGCGGACAUGAUGGAGGACGCGGCGCGGGCGGUCGGGUCGGCGCUGCGCGAAGCGCUCCAGCCUGUAAGCAUUUAG